AUGGCGAUCAACGACAGCGAAUCACCUCAAGCCUCAGCCAAGCCUGAGCAACCCAAAUAUGAUGAUCCUAAUGAUCCUCUCUACCUCCAUCACUCUGAUCAACCAGGGGUUGUUCUUGUCACACAACUCCUAAAUGACGAAAAUUAUCCAACCUGGAGUUGCUCCAUGCUCAUAGCGCUCAACACCAAAAACAAAGAAGGUUUCGUCGAUGGCACCCUCAAGAAGCCUCUACAUGGUUCUUCCACAACUCUCCAACAGUGGACACGUUGUAACAAUCUCGUCAAGAGUUGGCUCCUCAAUUCCAUCUCCCCAGAUAUUGGUGCUAGCAUCAUUAUAACGAUGUUGCGUCCGACAUAUGGAAUGAUCUGA